AUGAGGGCUGUGGAGCGGGAUGACUGCCAAGUUACCAGCCUGAGCAAUUGGGAGAUUGUGGUACCAGUGUCCAAGACGGGAAGCGCAUUUCUGGAAAUUCCAGAUGUGAAGGCGGGGCAGGCGGCCUCCUGCAUGACUGCAUGCACAGGGUCAGCUGGGCCCCAGCUCCCUGUGGGCAGCAGAUACAUCUACCGCUUUUCCACCAAUACCAGCACCAGCCUGCAGGGAUCACUGGUGGAGGGGAGCGGCCUCGGCCUCCAAGGCUUGGCUGUCCUUGAUGUGGUUGGCCCAUGCCAGAUGGCCUUAUGGCUCCAAGACUUCCAGGUGACACCCAUCCUUGGGUCCAAGGUGGAGGACUGGGCAGAUUCUGAGAGUUUGAGGGCCACCCUGGGCCGUAGCCCACUCCGCUUUACCCUGCAUUCUGGCCGUGUGGUGCGCCUGUGUCCCCACCAUACAGAGCCGCGCUGGAUGCUGAAUGUGAAGCGUGCAGUGCUGAGCCUCCUGCAGGGCCACCCGAGUGUCCGCAGCCCUGAGACCCUCGAUGAGGUGGAUGUCCUGGGCCAGUGUCCCACCACGUACCACCGACACGGAGAGUGGCUGCACAAGACUAAGGACCUGUCACGGUGCUCCCUACGUAGGGCGCGCUCUUCACUGCCUUCCCAGGCCCUGCCAGGGGUGGUGCCUGGCCUGGCCUCCGACCUGACCUGUCUGCAGAGCUUCCAGGCUGGUGUGCUGAGGGAGGCCUUCUGCACUGAGCUGGAUGCCGUGGGGCCACUCUCCGAGAAGGCCAGUGCUGUGCAGAUGUGGACCUACUCCUCACUCACCCUGCUGGAUGACAUGCCCCCGGACCCAACCCGCACAGGCCUUCCCAUCUCAGAUCCAGAUAAUGGAGCUGUAACUCCAAGCAGCCUGCUAUAUGAGUGGGAGGAGAUGCCAUCCCAGGCCACGGUGGCCACAGCGGUCACAUUAGUGAGGAGGCUGUGCCUGGCUCAAACCACGAGCUUUGAGGCCACGGACCUGUUCCUGACGCUGGUGUCUGAGCUCCAGGGCCUUUCUGCAGAUGAGCUGAUGGAACUCUGGCAACAUUCUUCCUUUAAAUGCCCAGACAACGGGCAGCCGCUGAUGGACGCCCUGCCCUCCUGUGGGACGGAGCCCUGCGUGGGCCUCAUGAAGGAGCUCAUCUCGUCGGGGGAGGUGGAGGAGGACGAGGCAGAGGCGUGGCUCUGGUCACUGGCCUUCAUCCCGCAGCCCACUGAUGCCAUGGUCCAUGUGCUGCUGCCACUGCUGCAGACCCCAGUGGCCCAUCCCAGCACCUUCCUCAGUAUCUCUGCUCUGGUGCACAACCUCUGUGCUGCUCUGGAUGGGGACUGUGGGCAGCUGCCUGGUGUCAGUUCCCUCGUGAGGAUCCUGGGAGAGGCCUUAGGUACCAAUUGUACCUUCCAGGAGCCCUUGGAUGCUGGCCAGAUCCAGCUCGUGCUGAAGGCAAUUGGCAAUGCUGGCCUGGCAGCCACGGCUCUCACCCCAGUGCUGAGUGACUGCGCAUCCCUGAGGAGCGGCACCCCUGAGAUCAGGGUGGGGGCCAUCCAGGCCUUCCGGAGGGUCCCCUGCUCUGUGGAUCGAUCUGUGCUCUCCCGGCUGUACCAAAGCCCUGAGGAGGAUGCUGAGAUCCGCAUCAAUGCCUACCUGGCUCUGAUGAGGUGCCCUGGUGAAGAGGUGUUUGCCCAGGUGCAGCACACCCAGGCAGGAGAGCGGUCCACCCAGGUGGGCUCCUUUGUGUGGAGUCACCUCCUACAGCUGAUGGAGACAGAUGACCCACUGAAAUGGGCCCUCCAAGACACCCUCCCUGAGGACAUCCUCAGCCAGGAGUUCCAUCCAGAGACAUGGAAACACUCGUCCUAUUCCGAUGUCACUUUCCGCUCAGUGACUGGCAGCCUGGGAGCCAACCUGGAGAGGACCCUUCUCUUCUCUCCCGCCUCCUUCCUUCCUCGUUCUGCCACUGCCAACCUGACCAUCCAUGUCAUGGGUCGUGCCUUCAACCUACUGGAGCUGGGGCUCCGUCUGGAAAAUGCCGAGGAAGUUGCCAGCAGGCUGUUUGGUGGGAAGUCAUUCUGGGGACAAGAAGAGGAGAGAGAGGCUGGGCCAGAGAAGCCCCCAGGGCCGGCACCACAGUCAGGCAGCCCUGUGUGUCCAGAAGAGAGCGGCAGGAAGAUGAGGGACCUACAGCAGAAGGCAGCCUGGAGGCGCAGGCCACAGCGGGCACUGUGGUGUGAACUGAGCAUGAAGGUGUUUGGGCAUGAGCUGAGUUUUGUGAACUGUGGGGCGCUGAGGAGCCCCAUGAAGCGUCAGUCCCUGAACUUGGCCGAGCUUGCCAUCAGGCUCCUGAAGGGACAGGAGGUGCGGGUGAGCCGGAGGCUGAGCCUGGCCAUGGAGGAGCUGGUCUUUCCCACCAUGUCUGGCAUUCCAGCCCGGCUGACCCUAAAUGCCUUGGCUGCCAUCAGUGUCCGGGUACGAGGAAUGGCUGACUUCAAGCAGCGCUCAGAUUUCUUUGUGAACGGUUAUGUCAAGCCCAGUGCUCUGCUUCAGAUCUUGGCUCAGAUGGGCACGACGGGUGCCCUGGGACAGGCUGGGCUGAGGUGGAUGACCAGCGUUCGUGGCACUGCCGGCUUGGAUGGUGGGAUCCACAUGCGGAAGGGCCGGGACCUCAAGGUGCAUUUGAACACCCCUGAGGAGGCCACAGAGCUACUCAGCUUCAGCUCUCAACUCUAUCUCGUCACUGGCGAUGGUGUGAGGAGCCUCAGCCAUGUCCACAGCCCUUCUGAGGCAAGAUCCUGUACUGGAGAGGAAGCAUCCCACACUUGGGGCUGGCAGCUGUGCACCCAAGUGACCUGGCCGGCACCUGGCCAGCCCUACCUGCUUGCAGUGCCCUUGUUCGCAGCUGUGACACUGUGGAAGCAGGACCAGGGGCUCCGACAGUAUCUUCUGGAAGCUGCCUAUGCUCUUCAUCCGCAGAAGGACAGCUGGUUCCCUCAAGAAGCCACAGCCCAUGUCUUCAUGGGGACACCCAAUUCGGAUGUGCUGAGGGACGUUGGGCUGGACAUCAGUUACAGCCUGCUCCAGAGGAAGUUCCGGCUUAAGCUUCUCCAUCCCCAGAAGAAAAUAGAGCUUGAUGGAAAGAUGGAAGUUCUCCAGAAUGCCCGCAUGGGUCACUUGGAACUGGUACUGGAUGACAGGGAUGUCUACUACAUCAAGGGUUGGAGCGACCUGCAGCCAGCAGAGGAUGGCGAGGUGCAGCGGUUUGAGGCUGAGCUGGAGGUGAAACUGGUGACUGCAGGCAGCCCCCUGGUCCUUGCUGGGAACCUCACAUGGCAGGCGGGCAGCAGGUUGGCCUUCUCUGUGUCCCUGAGCCAUCUGCUGGGUGAUCAGGCCCAUGUGACAGUGCUGCUGGAGAAGAAGGCGGAGGAUGGGCUGCGGGUGGCAUCCCUGGCCGCUGACCUCUUUGUGCCUGGGCAGGUGGAGCUGCGUGCCCUGGGCCUGCUGCAGCAGCGGGGCCGCCUCUGGACCAGCUCCCUGCGGAUCAAGUAUGGCCUCCUGGGUCAGAUGAAGCAGCCAGCGCACGUGUGCAGCACCAGCCAGAAGCUGCAGACACAGACCAGUGCAGAGGGCACCUACCGGCUGGAGCUGGGCCACGAGCUCCACUGCACGCAGAUCCCAGCCUUCAGCCACAAGGUCCAGCUCCAGCACCAGGAGGCCUGGGGCCACCUGCACUCAGAACUAGAGGUGAGCUACGGGGAGCACUGGGACCAGCAUGGCAACAAGAAACUCUUCCACGCCAGCCAGACCUUCAGGAAUGACUCAGGGCCAGCCCUGAGCAAUCACUUCAUGGAGUUUGUGCUGCAGGUGCCUGAGAGGCAGGUGGAUGGCCGUGCACAGCUGUACCACUCAAGCCUCCUCCAGCCGCAUGUGGAGAGCAGCACACACCUCAAGGUGCAGCACAACGGGCGGCUGCUCUUUGUGGCAGGCGGGCAGUGGAAGGACACGUCGAGGGCCACCCUAUGGAAGUGGGAAGGUGCCGUGAACCUGAAUAGUCCGUGGCUGGUGGUCUCUGCAGCUCACAGGCUGUACUGGCCACACAGAGCCACAUUCCAAGCUGUCCUGGAGCUGACGCUGGGCAAAGCCUGGACCCUCAAGGGCCUGGUGGUCAGCGUGACCUGCAAGAGUAAGGGCCACAACAGGGAGGGCAAGAUCCAGAUCUACACGCCCACUACCACCUACCUGCGGGUUUCCACAGUGACGGCCUUGGCACAGGGCCUUUUCCAUGGCCAGAGUGAACUCGAGUCGCCCUGGAGUGCAGCAGCACAGGGGGAGGUGCGUGCCGAGAACAGCCAGCACCGCAAGAUCCUUCACUGCUGGUGGAAAGGCCCCCAGCAGGAGCUGAACCUAACAGCGGCCUACAGGCAUGCGGAGUGGCCCCAGAAGACCCACGUGUUGCUCACAGCUCUGAGGACCAAUGCUCGGGGCCAGUCUCAGGGUCUGCAGCUGGAGGGCAAGCUGGAGGAGCGAAAGCGAGGCAGGAUAUUGUACCAGAAGCGGGGGACCCUGUUCCUUAGGCACCCCUUGCACCUGCCCAUCCCACAGAGCCUCCUGCUGCAGGAGACCUUCACAGCCAACAGGCAACACCAGCGUUACUCCCUGGAGACGAGGGUUGUCCUGAACGGCCGAGAGGAGACCCUGCAGACCGUGGUCCUGGGCCGCCAGGCUGGACACCCCUAUGUCUGUGCAGGUCUGACACACCCUUACGAAAAUAAGGCCAUCCCCAGGAGCGUGGAGGGGUGCCUGGUCACUUGGAAUCAGCACACUGCUAAGAACAAGGAGGUUGAGGCCACUUUGAAAGUCAACCAGAAAGUCACGCUGCACUUAAAGGGCUUGCAUCAUGACAGAUCUCAGCACGGAGAAAUCUGGCACAGCCUGGCCCUGGCUAUGGCUCAUUCCUACCAGCUGACGUUCCCUCAGGCUCUGAGCUUGGACGGGGGUGUCAUCAUUAAGUGGAGUCCCCAAGGAGUAUUCAACUUCAGCCUAGAUGUACAAGCUUCCAUCAAGCAUGAUGUCACAUCCCAGGUCUCAGUCCAGCUGAGCGGAUCCGACUCCUACUUUGUGUUUUCCUUCCAGCUCAGACAUCCUCACAGACCAGCGUUCCCUCCGGACUUACAGGUGCAGGUGGCUGCUGGGCGCUACAAAGCACGUGGCCUCAAUGGGUCUCUGUCCGUGCACGCGUCUGGCCAGGAGCUGGUUCUGCUGGAGGUCAACACCGGCCAGGAUGCCCGGAGGAGCAGCCGGGGCUGGGACAUGAGUGUCCUUCUCCACCAGGCAGUGCUCAGAGCACCCCGGGCAGUUCAGCUGCACCUGUCAGGCAAGAUCACCCCAGCAAGGAUUUGGCUGUUUUCCAAGGCGCUGCUGGACCAGAACACAGUGCAGCUUCUCCUCAAGGCAUCUGAGCACCUGCGUGGAAGCCGGAUCCUGACCCUGCAGAGCCACGCCCAGCACGCAGUGGCUGGCUGGGCAGCGGCACCCCGCCUCCUGACCCUGGCCGGCAAGCUGAAGCAGAAGGGGGUGCUCCGAGAGGGUACCAUCAAGAUCACUGCCGACUCGGCUGUGUUGGGCAUCCUCCUGCGGGACAAGCAUGAAAAGACAGGGAACGGCACCCGUGUGCACAGCAUGACCUGCAUCCUCACCCAGAAUAGCAGCCAGGCCUUGCCAGGAGAGCUCCAGUUGCAGGGGUGGCUGCAGGCCCAGACAAGGAGCCUCAGGGCCCAGGCCAGCAUUCGGGCUGACAUGGCCAACCUGGCUCUGAGUGGAACCUGUGCCUGGGGCCCUGGGCACAGCCAGCUUGUGGGCAGCCUGAGCCACAACAUCAGCACAUUGAGUGACGCAGGACUCCCCUCUGGGGCAGGGAUGCUCCUGUCUCUCAGCUAUGUGGCUUCCUACUGCUCAGAGCACCUGGUACUGCAGAGUACAGGGGGUCAGCUGGAUGCUGCUCUAGGCCUGGAGGACCCAACUCCCAUGUCCCCAGACCGCCAGCUAUGUGCCAGCCUUGGCCACACCAUGCCAGGCCUUGGGUGCCUGGGCCUGCCCUCCUCUGUGGGUGGCCACAGGCACUUACAGAGCUCAGGACACAGUCUGGUGGCUAGGCUAAUGGUGCGUUUGGAUGAAGAGCAGCUUUGUGCAGUCCUGGGGAGCAGGACAGGGGACAGCCAUCAAGACCUGGCUCUGGAGCUACAUCAAAGCCUCUCAGCACUGCUGGGUUCCCUGCCUUCCCGGCUAGUGGUCAACUGUACUGGGGAUGCCUCACGCACUGAGCUGGCAGGACUGUGCCAGGGGGACGUCACUUGGCAGCCUCUUGAGAUGUCUGUGGACAUUCACGACAACGGCUCGGGCUUUGACCAUUUUGGAUACGUCUUGGCAGGGCCCACAUACCUCAACUACUCUGUGAGCUGCUGUUACCAUGCCGGGCGCCUGGAGCUGUCUGGCCAGAGCAUGCACAACAGUGAGACCUUGCUGCAGGCCGGGUUCCCGGGGCAGGCUGGCCUCAGCUCCGAGCUGCUGGUACUUGAGACUCAGACCAAGGCCAGUGUGGCCCUGCGUGGUGGGGAAAGCAGGGUCAGCAUGGACCUGGCAGCUCUGGUGGCUCGUCCCCUGCGUGGCCCCCUGCAGCUGGUGGUGAAUGCCAGCCAUGCUGUGCCCGCUCUCCAAAGGCUGGGCCUGCCCUUCACCAGCCAGCUUGUGAUCCGAGAACUGUGGGCAGCAGAAGAGAUGAGCUCCUUGCUGCAGCUGAGCUGUGAUUCUCAGGCCAGCUUGGUCCUCGUUGUCCAUGGCCAGAACCAGGCAGUCAGCAAAGAACUACAGCUCUCGGGCCGGCAUUGCCUCCCCUUCCUCCUGGGCCGCUGGCCCAGCUCAGCCUCAGUUUCAGCCAAGCUGCGAUACCCCAAGGAUGAGAUGGAGAGCACAUUUGUCUUGGGAGUGGAGGAGCAUCGUUUCUUCGUCAGCACCAGGCUGGAGGCUGCUAAGGCCAGGCUCGCCUGCACCAUUAGGCUGGAACAGAGCUUCCCGCAGCUCAGCACCCUUCCUGGGGAGCUGGCCUUGCAGACCAUGUACAAGCACGCUCACCGGACCCAUAUCCUGCGCCAGACAGUGCUGUGGGAUGGCCGGGAGGUGGCCCUCAAUGGGAGCUUCUCUGGGACCUUCCCCAAGGCUGCCAGAAACCUCAGUUUGCAGGUGGAGCUCACCCACCUGCUGCCCCUGUCCCUGCCACGACACUGCAGCCUCUGCCUGUCCGCAGAGCACUCAGGAGGCAGACACCAGGACCACCUUGUUGUCAGCUGGGACAGCAGGGACCAGGUGGUGGUCUCCUCCUCUCUGCAGCUGGGGAAGGGUGAGCUGGCUGCCCACCUGGCCCUGACUCACCCCUUCAACCUCUCUUGGGGGCAUGCCGAGGUCAGGGGCCUUGCUGAGAGUGGAAGCAGCAGGCAAAGCCGGCAGGUGCAGCUUGCCUGGAACAGGGGACAACCAGUGACCCUGCAGCUCACCUGGGCUGACAGGUCCUCUCUGCACAGCACCAUCUGGGACAGCUGCCUGGCUGCCUCCCCAGGGCAGCUCCAGGACACCUGGGACCUGGGCAGCCUCCAGGCCUGUGGGGCCUUAACACAGACUCCGACCAUGUUUAGCGAGUGGCUGGAUGUGUCCUGGGACCAACACCAUAUACAACAGAACCUGACCUUUGAGAGGCAUCAGCCCUCCCAGACAGACAAGAUCCUUGUGGAGGCCACGCUGGAGCACGUCCUUGUGGCCUCCUGUGCCAAGCAGAGCUUUCGGGGGAAGGUGCAGACAGACUACACACACUGGCUAUACCACGCCCUCCAGCUGGGGCUCUGUGGCCUGCCCAGGGCCCUCUUGCUGUCCGGGGAGCACACUCUGGGCCAGGGAGGGCUCCUACUGCAGUCCUGCUGCCAGCUGGGCCUCGCCCCCAACCCGGACCACGGCCUACACCUCAGCCUGACCCUUCGAAACCACAGCAGGCCCCAUUCAACUGACUUCUCCGGGGAGCUGGAGCUGCGCAGCCCCAAGGCUCAGCGGGUCGGCCUGCUAGGCCGCGUCUCCACCUCAGCUUCUCGGAGCCUGGUCCAGCUGGAGGGAAGCAUGGACAACAGGGAUGAGAAAGUGAGGCUGUCUGUGUCUCAGGGCCCAAGCUGUCUUCAGGCCUCUGUGGCCCACGAGGAGGGGAUUGGAGAAGAGAGUGUGAUGGUGCGGGCAUGUACCCACAGGCAGACAGCCGAGGUGGAGGCCCUGUUUCAGGAUGGUAGACAGCCUGUCCAGUCUCUGGGACGCCUGACCCUGCAAGCUGCCAACCAGAGCCUCCUCCUGGCCGCACAUGGCUGUCAGGGGAUCCUGCUGGGCCACGUGGAGUCCAGGAUUGCAGCAAUUGGGUCCCAGGUACAAGCCCAGCUGGAGGAGAAGAUUCUAGGCUUGGACGCCUAUGUGAAAAGGUUCCGGCAGCUGGUGCAGCCAGCAGACACCCUGGACAGCGUGGCAGGCCUCCUCCUCCAGCUGUCCCAGGCGUGUCUGGGGACCAUGUGGGCAAGCAGCAGGGUGGUGGCCACCCUGUGGGGCCAAAGCCAGGCCCUGCAGGUGCUGACCCACCACCUGCCACUCUACCUGGAGCAGUUGCAGCAGGGGCUGGAGCAGCUACGGAACGAGCUGGAACGUGAGUGGCCCCUGGCCACGCUGAAGGAUGCCUACUUGGAGGUGACACUGCAGCCCCUGGACAUGGUAUGGCAGGAGCGGGCCCAGGAGGCCAUGCAGCGGCUGCAGGUCUGGCUGCCUGGGAGGCCAAUCGGGGCAGCCCUGGGAGCCAUGAGGGGUGUCGUGGAGCUGGCUGCCCAUCAGAUGCUGUCGUGGGUGGAAGCCACAUUGUCACGCGCACUAAGGAGGCUCUGCAAACCCUUGCUGGGCCUAUACCACUUCUCAGCCAGGAACUGCUCCAUGGUGGUGAUGUUGCCGCUGCUGCCUGCGGGGGACAAGCCCCUGGGUGUGGCCCAGGUGACCAGCUACCUGGUGGAGGAUAGGCUGCUGCGGCCACUCUGGGAGCUAUCUGGGGCCAACGUGCUGGCCCAGUACUACAGGCUCAGACACCGCCUGCUGGGCAGCCCCCUGGAGUACCACGCCGUGGUGGCUGGGGCCCAGCACGUGGUGACCUUCGACGGUCAGGUGUGGGGCCUCAGUGCCCAGUGUGGCAUCUUCCUGCUGGCCAAGGACUUUUCUCAUAACACGUUCUCACUGGUGUUGAGACGGAUGGGCUCAGGACUCGUGGUCCUGUCUGCAGAGCUGGGUAGCAUGACCCUGGUCCUCUACCCCAGCCUAAAGACAUACAGGUUGUACAACUCCUCCCUGCCUGGGGACAGCUGCCCAGACCUCAGGCUGCCUCCUGCCAAGAUGAGGAAUGGCAGCCCCAGGAUCGAGCUGGUCAGUGAGGAUGGGGUCGUGCUCUCCUGUCACAUUCAAGCCGGCCUCUGCAGCCUGACCCUGGGCCUCUGGCACCACGGUGUAUCCGCAGGUCUUCUGGGCACCAAUGACAAUGAAGCAGGCAAUGAGCUGACGCUGCCUGACGGCUCCAGGGCUGGCAGCCUGGAGGAACUCAGCCAGGCCUGGCAGGUGAGUGGUGACUGCAAGGCCACUGAGAAGCCUCAGCAAGCAUGCCCAGAGCAGAGCCCCACCUGCCGGGCCUUCUUCCAGGACCCCCACUCCGGCCUGGGAGACUGUUUCCAGGUGGUGGACCCUACGCCCUUCUUCAGCCUAUGCAUCCAGGAGACCUGUGGCCUCCAGGAGCUCCAACCUGCCUGCAACCUAGCGGCUGCCUACAUCCACCUGUGUGUCCGGGGCUUUGUGCCCCUGGACCCUCUUCCAGAAUGUGUUUGAGAUUUUGCCUGAGCUACAUCUAGGCUGCGGAAGACUUCAGAUUCUUUCACCUCUGAUCACAAUUCUGGCUCCUUGGCAAGAUCAAGAUUCUGGCUGGGACAGAAUAACCAGCAUGCAAUGCCAGGAAACUCAGAUACAGGAAAGGAGCUGUUCCCCAUUGCUUUCAAAGUGUUCUCCAGCCGGUCCUGGUGAUUCUCUGCCUUCCUCCACAGCUCCUCUCUACACUACCCAUCUCUGGUGGGGAGCUUCAUCCAGCAACUGUUCUUACUCAAGGUAUUCAUUCACUUGCUCAGCAGACAGCUCUAAGCUUCUACUGCACAAGCCCUCAGCUGGCUGUGGGGAGGGCCUCCUCAGCCAUGCUGGGGAUCUCAAGAAGUUCCUUGAGGGAAACUGAUGGUCCCAAGCCUUUUAAUCCAAGGCCUGGUUGAGGAGCUUCCUUUUGGGGGAUAGAUAACAAUGAAGCUGCCUGUUUCUGGAGGCACACGAGAGGCUCUCCUUUUCGAGAUGGACACCUGGGACCUAGGGCCCCCAGGAUAUAGCAUUCACAGUUUUUCACUUUUUGGGGGGGAGGGUAUGCAGGCUUUUCCCUUGAGUUUUCAACUGAAAAAUAAAGCUAGCAGAAUGCAAGUGUAUAUCCACUGCUUCUCUGGGGUCGCUGUCCUCUCAAACGUUGGGGAGGCAUUUCACCAACAGGGGGUGCCCUCGAGCACUCUCUAUACUCAGCCUUUGCCCAGAGCUCACAGGGUCCAGAUUCAGAGCAAAUAGCAAGUGUCAACAUGGCAGGGUAAGUGGGGGGUGGG